AUGCUCGCCGUCGACAUUGCAGGCGUGACGGGAGUCAUGCUUUUGCAGCACGCGUUGCUGCGGCAGCUGAUUGCACUCUGGCCCCAGGCGAGGGACUUGGACGUCAAGGAGCGUCAGCAGAUGGCGAACCGCCUGAUGCUCAUCGUGGCUCCGCCCAGCAUGGUGGCUCUCAGCAUCGUCUUCUU